AUGAGCAGGUACCAGUCCCGUCGGAUCAAGCUUUUGCAAAAGCAGCUGACGUCGGUCCUAUCCACCGCGCAGCGCGGCCUCGAGAAGGACGAGCAUAUGGGUGCCGAUUUCGCCACUCACCUCCCUCACCUCCCUCCCCCUUCUGCCUCCGUUGGCCCACAUUUCGUGGCGGGCCGCGCCCCGUCGCAGCAUUUCUCGAGUGCUGACCCCGACGCGUACUACUGCGGAUGUAUGCCGAUGGCCUCGAAGUUCGAUGCGGCGUGGCGCGCCCGCGGCGCGGCGCAGAGGCCUCCCGCGCUGGAGGUCCCCAGCUGA